CUGCCCGUCGCUGCGAGCGUCGUCAACUGACUAAAAAUAACCUGCUGAGGCAGUGCUCGUCCUUCGGCUCGCGGUCAUUUGGUUGUUUAACUGGUUAGUUAGCCUGGUGGGAAUAUUUCAACCAUCUACAUAACUACAACCUCCCCGCCAACGUCAACAUCAACAUCAACAUCCAACGACAGUCACUCUCGCAGUCAACUCACUAUCAGCUAGCAACCCUUCUCCUGUAUCUUCGUCUUUAUCCAGGACUCUCGCCUGUUACAAGCUGCUCGCAAGUGCUACAGGCUCCAGCUAGCCCUGCAAAAACCCCUUACUCCGGCCUCCACUUUGCCCCAUCUACCAACCUUUAACAACUCCUUAGCUACGCCGGCCAAAAACGCCUCUACCAACUUCCUUCUACAGCCUCCGUUGACGGCUAACACUUACUUUGACCGUCUCCUUCAGCUCUCGAACACGACAGACAGCCAGCUGAACGUCCGCUCCCUUAUGCGCCGUGCCCCAAGCCCGCCGUCCAGGGCCCCGGCCAGCACCCUCAGCGUCCGCAUCCUAGUCCGAGCCAGCAGCGGCGGCGCCCUCGAACACGAGUAGCGCCUUUUUCUCUCCUUUCUUUUCUUCUUCUUCCUCCGUCUGCGUGUCUAUCCUAUCAUCUCGCGCCGUCUGGGUUGGGAGGGUUAUUUAAAUAGAAAUACACUUAUCCAUGGCUGCUCCGUACGACUCGUCUCGCCCGCCGCGCUUGGGAGCGACUUUCUAUCCAGGCGCCGUCGACGACUACCAGAUGCCGGAAGUUAUCUCGCCUGCUCCCCAGAGGGUCAUGCCCGAAGUCCCUGAGAACAUGCAAGAUAAUCUCGCGCACUUCGAGCUCGACGCCUCGUCCUCCUCCAACUUGCGCCCUCACCAGCAGCAGCAGCAGCAACAGCAUUAUCCAAGUCGUGGCUCCUCGAUGCAUAACCAAGGAGCGCCAGGCUUCUCUGCGCCAGGCUCUCCAUCAUAUCCCCCGCAGCGCCAGGCACCACCACCGCAGCAGCAGUACGGCGGUGGUAGUGGCGGCGGCUACGAUGCUCCAAACUUCUCCCCUUUUCCGCCGCUCGUGAAUCCGCCGCCAAAUGUGCCUCCAACGGACGAGGAGCGCGAGGCCAACCUCGAACAGGGCCGUAUGGCAGUCCUCGGCUCCAACGAUGCGGAAAUGCAGCUUGCCUGGGCGCAGGAUGCCCUCUCCUACGUCGAGGUAGCCAUGCAGAACGAACUGCGCAACCAGGUAGCCUACCCGCCGCGGCCGCAGACACCGCAGAUCGAACACCAGCUCAAGACAGAUGCCAUUAAUAUUGUUUCUUUCCUGGCCGAGCAAAUGCAUCCGCGGGCCAUGUUCAUUCAGGGCAUGUGGCUCGAGUUUGGCAAGUUUGGCUUCCGCGUCGACAAGAAGGAGGCUUUCCGGUGCUACUCCCGCGCCGCAGAGGGCGGCUAUGCACGCGCUGAGUACCGCAUGGGAAUGCAGUUUGAAAGUUCAAACGAGCCGCUCAAGGCUAUCAAGCACUACGAGAAUGGUGUCAGGCUGGGCGACUCUGCUUCAUACUACCGUCUUGGUAUGAUGAUAUUGCUAGGACAGCAUGGUCAACGACAAGACUACACAGUAGGACUCGACCAUAUACGCUAUGCUGCACAGACCUGCGACGAGAACGCUCCUCAAGGCGCCUAUGUCUAUGGAAUGCUGCUAGCUCGAGAACUGCCUCAGGUCACUAUUCCCGAUGAGUAUCUCGCUCAUGACCUCGUCAACGCCCGUAUCAACAUUGAAAAGGCUGCCUAUCACGGCUUUGCUAAGGCACAAGUCAAGAUGGGCUCCGCGUACGAACUUUGCCAGCUAGAUUGUGACUUCAAUCCGGCACUGUCGAUUCAUUACAAUGCCCUUGCUGCUCGACAGGGUGAGCCCGAUGCUGAGAUGGCUAUCAGCAAAUGGUUCCUGUGCGGUCACGAAGGCGUCUUCGAGAAGAACGACGAACUCGCCUUUACAUAUGCCAAGAGAGCAGCUCAGUCGGGCCUGUCUACUGCCGAGUUUGCACUAGGCUACUUCUACGAGAUUGGUAUCUACGUUCCUGUAGAUAUCAAGGAAGCCCGAAGCUGGUACGCCAAGGCAGCUGCCAAUGGAAACAAGGACGCUUCAGGACGAAUUGAAAGCAUCUCACGCUCCAAAACACUCUCCCGCAAGGAUCAUGAAAAAGUGGCCAUUCAGCGCAUCAAAACACAACGCACUCAGCAGCGCUUCUCCCAACAAUCUAAUCAUCUCCAGCAAGGCCAACCCGUCCAAGACACCCUUGAGAUGCCUGAUCCAUCUCGCAUGAGCCUCAAUGAUUCUGCCCGUCCCAUGUCAGCGGCUCCGUACCCUGACGGACCCCCCUCAGGACGCUAUGGGCCAGGUCGGCCAGGUCCAGGACCAAACUCACACUCUUACGGGCCAGGGCCGGGCGAUCAACGCAGCUCUUCCGCUUUCGGUAUCAAUCCCAAUCUCCGUGCACACUCAGUUGGCCCGCCAAUGGGACCACACGGAUAUCCACCACAUGGUCGUCCACCAAUGGGUCCUGGUCCCGGCCCAGGAGGUCCCGGAGGUCCUGGUAUGGGACCAGGUCCACCAAAGCUGGACAUCGGCUUCUCUGCUCCUCCAGACCCGUCCGGUGCAGAUAGAAGGAGGAAGCCACAGCGUCCUCCUGGUGCACCUGGACCAGGACCAGGACCCGGCCCUGGUGGAAACCGUAUGCCUUCCGCUCCUCCAUCAGGAAGGCCACACGGCGGGCCACCUGGUGGCCGACCUGGUACCGCAGCUGGCCCGGGUCCAGGGCCAGGACCAGGCCCAGGACCUGCUCCGCAACCACCAAAGCAAUCUGCCACUGCACCUCCUGCGCCUGGUAAAGGCAAAGGCCCAAAGACGUUCGAGGAGAUGGGUGUGCCGCAGGGCAAGUCGGAGAGUGAUUGCGUCGUUAUGUGAUGUCAUUCCUUACCAUCGUCGGUCAAGGGCAAACGGGGAACAAAAAAAGGGGUGGGGAGAAUGGUGUUCUCUAUUUCAUCUACUGCAUGUCGUUGCAAAAGUCGAUUUGCCACGUUGUUUCGUCUUCCUCUUUCUUCUAUCUUGGUAAAACUUAUUGAUUAAUUCUGGAGAUUCUGGAGCCCCUUUUUCGCUUAUUUCUUUCUUUUCUUAUCCCCCACGUUAUGCCCUUCGUGAAAUUUAUCUCUGUAUGCAUUACUUACAUUAUAUAGCACUGUCUGCCUUCUGCAUUACUUACAUCCUCAUCUUGCCUUACUCUAUCUCGCAUAGACUCCCGGGGCUCAUUGCAAACGGUUACACAUAUCUGCCUUCUUCGCCUCUUAUCUUGGGAUCCCCGCCCUUCUUUUGCUUCUCUUGCUUUUGCCGUAUUUCUAUUCUGGCGUGUUUACCAUUGAUCUACUAUCCAGCGUGUCUUGUCCUUCAUUCGCCUUUUCUUCACCCUUUCUUUAUGGUCCUACUUAUAUAGUUAUCAUUAUGUUCUCAGCGGUCAACAAGAUCAGAUAUACUUGAUGUGUUGAAUAUAAGAUGCUGCCACCUCCGUUCUUUCAUGGUAACUGCCCGACCUGAGUAUCUACAGCAUAUUAUAUGGCUCUAAGACUGUGGAUUAAAGGAUUGAUAUAUUUUUCUAUAUAAGUAUUUAUACAAGUCCAGGCUGUAAACG